CUCCCGCAGCCUGGGUGUCAGUUGAGUGACGACGACAGACGGCUCAACUUCGAGAAGCGGAUAACGCCUGCGCUUUCGAAAAUAUUUGGCUACAAACCAACGAAUCUGAGUUAUUUUCUUAAUUUAUCAUCGUCCUUGAAGGCGAAUUUCCUGACAUACCUAGUUUAUAUCGCCGUUUUCGGAACAAAGGUUUCAAGCUACAGUCGACCCGCCUGUGGUAGAACACGAAACAAUGGCCAAGGGAGAAGAGUCACACUCUGAAAUGGCCCACGCCCGUAAAAGCGAUGGCAUCAAUGUAAUCUUUGACCAGAACAGCCCUGCCUCAUCUCGCUCCCGCUCCCCAAGCAGCAGUGGCAGCAGCCGCUCCUCCAGCGCUCGCAGCUACAGGCGCACCAGCCACAGGGGGCGUCACAGGUCUUCAUCAUCUUCAUCGUCUUCAUCGUCUUCAUCAUCUUCAUCCCGCAGCAGGUCCUCCUCUCGAUCGAGGUCCCGCUCUCACCCUCGCUGCCACAGACGUUCCUCCCGCUGUCGCUGUGAUAGCCACUACAGAUAUAACCAUGGCCGCCGCCGCAGGUCCCCACCACGCCGCUACAGAGCCCACUCUCGCUCCUACAGCCGCUCGCCCUCAACAGACAGGUACUCCCAUCGUAGACGCUAUAGGUCCCGUUCCAGGUCCCGCUCCAGGUCUUACAGCCGUUGGAACAGGGACAGGAGGACCAUAAGCCAGUUAAGAUGCAGGUUUUCCAGAUCCCCAGCCAGAAGGUACAGGAGCCGCUCAAGGUCCAGAUCUUCAGGACGCUCCGUCAGUUUGAGUGUGGAUGAUAAAAGAGAGCUCCUCAAAGCUGCAAAGGCGAAUGCUAUGAAGAUCCUAGGAGUGGAGAAGCUGGAACUUCCUGAGAGUGUGAAACCAAUCUUGUUUGAGCAAUUCUGGAGUUCCAAACAGGUGUCACCAGAUCCAGAGAUAAGGGUGAGGCAAGACCCUGAAAAGACUCCUUCACAGAGCAGUGGAGCAGAGCCUGAUGACAUGUCCAGUCCAAGGAUGUCCCCAAAAAGGAAAAUAAUCUCUUUCAGCAUUAAUAAUUCAGUGGCCAAACCAACAGCAGCUCCAUCCAGUGCUAAGGUAACUCCCAGAGUGGACAGCUAUGAGAGCAGGAAGCCCUACGGCCACUGGGUUCCAGUCAAAUCAGGCCAAUCCUCCAAAGCACGCAAACACACACUGACCACGUCACACUAGUGUGGCAGAGUGUAAGGACACUGUAAAUACUGUAAAUAUUUUGUACAUACCUUCAUUUCAUGGUGGACGUUUUCUUUCAGAUGUUAAAGAGUUAUGUGGGAAGAAGUGAAGAAUUCCUCUCAGGUGGGAUUUUUUUUUCCUGUUGUUGUAUAUUGUCCUGUUUACAGAUUGAAUAAAGAUUUAUGUAAGAAAAAUA